UACUAUUUAAGUCACAAAAACCACAAGGUUUUUAAUUGGUAUGUAUGGCACUUUUGAUUAGUCACUACUGUUUUAUUUUAAUCUAUUGUGUAUGGACUACAAUGUGAUUUUUGUUUAACGAUGACGGGGACCAAGCUACCAUGGAAUUGGUGGAGAAAGAAGCGUUUAGAAGACAUUUUGGAUGUACUAAAGGGUAAUGUAAACCCUCUUACCGGAACUCGACUUAGUAGGAGAGUGGAAGCUCCCUCUGCGGAUAUCAUAAAUUUGGGGGAUACAAUCACAUCGAAUGGGUCUCCAUAUCGCACAGAAAAUGGCAGUGACAUGCCAAGUAAACCGUUGAACUUUGUUGACCAUCCUAAUUCGAAUGAGAUGGACCUAUUCGGCAAUCAGGAGAGUAACCGUGAUCUUGAUAUGUUUGCUGGAUACAAUGGUUCAAACAUUGAUGCUUCAAGUAAUAGGGUGGCUGAUAAUCGGCUACCUAAUUCUCUAUGGCCAACGGUAGCUACGUGUAAUAACAAUGAAGAUAUGAUAACGUUUGACACUGGAGUUGCUCCCAAGGAUGAUAUGGACUCUCUUUUUGAUUUGGAACCAUUAAAUAAGCCUAAAUCGCAAGCUGAUUACGAAUCAUGUUUUUUACAGGAUCCGCCUGGUAUGAAAUCUACAUUUAAUUUUGACCACCUUAUCGCAACACCCAAAGUGGUGGACACAGUGGUAACAAUGGAUGAGAUUGACCAAUUGGUCUAUCAGACUGGAGAACCGGCUAAAGGCGCAACUGCAACUUCACUUGACGCAGAUAAAACCGAUCUACUCCUAGAUUCGGCAUUUUCGGGUCCUACAAACAAGGAACCAAUCCAGGUCCACCCAUUCUCUUCACCGUAUGAUCCUUUCUUAAUCCAGUCGAGCCAACAUGAUGAAAAUGACAAUGAAGAUUUUACUUUACUUUUAGAGGAGUCAUUUCGUGAUAUGGGAUGGCGUGGUAGUUCUGGGUCACCUAAUGCUUCUGCCAGUAACAAGGCCCUGAUAAGCGAGCAGCAACGAGAGAUAGCCGAGCAGCUACAGCAGUGGGCCUACAACGACUCGGGUGAGCUCAAAGACGUUCGCGCCUUGCUAUUUACUUUGGGGAAGGUUUUGUGGGCGGAUGCCAAGUGGGCACCUGUAGACAUUAGCAUAUGCACGGCACCGAAGGAAGCUGUGAAACCUCAUUACCACAAAGCUCUGCUCAUAUGCCACCCCGACAAGCACACGAGGUCGGAUUGGCAAACGUUAUUGAAGGCACAGUUACUAACCCAAGCACUGCAUGAGGCUUGGUCAUAUUUAGUGUAAAUAAACGGACUACAUUAAGUUGUACAUUAUUACUUCUCUG